AGACCAUAGGCACAUGCCACUGUGCCUCGCUCUUGGUUGAAUGUCGAGUUAUUGGUUGAGAUGGAUAUCAACCUCUUGAAUAGAUAGGAUUACAAGUGUGAGCUACUGCACCCAGCCUAAUGAAACAACCAUUUAAAACAACCAUUAUACCAACAUCAUUUUUCUUUUUAUUUAAUAGGGUGAAAGAAGAAGAAACACAAGAAGAGGAACAUUUGAUGGAAGAAAAGAAAAAGAAAAAGCAGGAAGAAAAGAAAAAGAAGGAAGGUGCUCAGAAAAAGGCUGCUGAUCAAAAAACCAAAGUGCCAGAACCUACUAAGACCUGUUCAAGCCAGCCCCAACCUGCCAGUACCUGUACCAGUACUUCCACCAGCACUAUUUCCAGCAGCAGCAAUGGCAAACGCGCAUCCACCAGUGGCCAGCAGCCAGCUGCACCCCGUUAUCUGCCUCGAGAGGUGCCUCCACGCUUCCGCCAACAAGAGCAGAAGCAGCUGUUAAAGAGAGGCCAGCCUUUGCCCACUGGGGCUCUGCCCAGUGUGAACCCAGCACAGGGUACCGGGCCUGCAGGGCCGAGCCCUCCUCCCCUUUCUGGAGUGGGGCCACAGCAGCAUCCCAGCAAGCUGCAGCCAGAUCUUGGUCACAGUGUACUGGCAGAUCAUUAUGAAAAUUCUCAGUGGGGACAGCAGCCCUCCUACAGAAGUGAAGCCAACUGCAGCUGGGAUAAAGUGAUCAUUGACAAGACUGACCAGGAGGCUUGGCCAACCAUCCCAGGAACAGAGACUGAGUCUGCUGCAGAAUGUCCUGCAGACACUGACUCUGCCUCCAACUGUGGCUCAGAGAACAGUAGCAUGGCUACAGGGAGUGCCCAGGGCAGCUUCACAGGACAUACCAAGAAGACAAAUGGCAAUAAUGGCGCCAGUGGCGCACUCGUCCAAAGCCCUUCUCAUCAGAAUGCCCUUGGGGCAGGGGGAGUGAAUGGGAACGGAAGUGCAGCCAGAGUGUGGGGUGUAGCCACAGGCUCCACCUCUGGCCUGGCUCACUGCUCUAUUGGUGGUGGGGAUGGAAAAAUGGACAAUAUGAUUGGAGAUGGAAGAAGUCAGAAUUGCUGGGGUGCUUCCAACUCCAAUGCCGGCAUUAAUCUUAACCUUAAUCCUAAUGCCAACCCAGCUGCCUGGCCUGUGCUUGGACAUGAAGGACCUGUGGCAACAGGCAACCCUUCCAGUAUUUGCAGUCCAGUCAGUGCCAUAGGUCAGAGCAUGGGCAGCCAGAAUGGGAACCCAGCAGGCACUCUAGGUGCUUGGGGAAACCUGCUGCCACCAGAGAGCACAGAACCACAAACGUCCACUUCUCAGAAUGUGUCUUUCAGCGUACAGUCUCAGAACCUUAACACUGAUGGGCCAAAUAACACUAACUCCAUGAGCUCUUCACCAAACCCCGUCAGUGCAAUGCAGACAGAUGGACUGCCAAAUUGGGGCAUGGCUGUUGGUAUGGGGGCCAUCAUCCCACCCCACCUGCAAGGCCUUCCUGGUGCUAAUGGAUCAUCAGUGUCUCAAGGCAGUGGGAAUGGUGGGGAAGGAAUGGGCAGUUCUGUGUGGGGACUGUCCCCCAGCAACCCUGCUACAGGAAAUAAUAAUCCUGGGUUCAAUCAGGGGAAUGGAGACACUGUGAACUCAGCAUUAAGUGCUAAGCAAAAUGGAUCCAGCAGUGCUGGGCAAAAGGAAGGGAAUGGAGGGAGUGCCUGGGACUCAGGGCCUCCUGCAGGUCCUGGGAUCCUCUCCUGGGGAAGGGGAGGCAGCAACAGUGGAGUCAGUAAUAUCCAUGCGGGAGCCUGGGGUCACCCCAACCGGAACUCCUCUAGUGGUGUGAAUGGGGAGUGGGGCAAGUCCCCGAACCAGCAUUCCAAUGGUGAUGUCAGUGGAAAAGGAUCCCCAGGGUGGGAGAGCACUAGUGUUGCCAGCCACUCUCCUGCCCAGCAGCCGGGCGGUGAGCACGUGAACUCGUGGGCCAAAGCUGCAUCUUCUGGAGCCACAGCAAGCGGAGGAAGUAACGAUGGCUCUGGAAGCCAUGGUGAUGGAGGUACUGGGAGGGAAGGAGCUGCCGAGCUCAGGAGGCGAGAUAAAGGGGCUAUAGACCAAGGACACAUCCAGUUGCCAAGGAACGACCUUGACCCAAGAGUUUUGUCUAAUACUGGUUGGGGACAGACUCCUGUAAAGCAAAACACUGCCUGGGAAUUUGAAGAGUCCCCUAGGUCUGAAAGGAAAAAUGACAAUGGGACAGAGGCCUGGGGUUGUGCAGCUACUCAACCUUCAAACUCAGGGGGGAAGAACGAUGGGUCCAUCGUGAACAGUACAAAUACCUCUUCAGUAUCGGGGUGGGUCAGCUCGCCACCUGCCGCUGCACCAGCAAACACAGGUUGGGGAGACAGCAACAACAAAGUGUCCAGUGGCCCAGGGGUGUGGGGGGAUUCGAUGAGCUCUACUGCUGUUACUAAUGCUGCUGCUGCCAAGAGUGGCCAUGCCUGGAGUGGGACUGUAAAUCAGGAGGACAAGGCGCCCAGCUGGGGUGAGACUCAAAAACCCAAAUCCCAGAACUGGGGUGAUGGACAGAGAUCGAAUCCAGCCUGGAGUGCAGGAGGGGGAGACUGGGCAGACCCGCCUCCUGUUCUUGGACAUCUGGGGGAUGGGAAAAAAAAUGGAUCUGGAUGGGAUGCUGACAGUAAUAGAUCGGGGUCUGGUUGGAAUGAGGCUGCAAGGUCUGGGACCAGCGGCUGGGGCAAUGGCACAAGUGCAAAGGUGAAUCCGGGUACAAACUGGGGCGAGGCUCUCAAACCUGGUCCCCAGCAGAACUGGACUCACAAGGCCCAAGACAAUGCAAGCAACUGGGGAGGAGCUGCUUCUGUUAAACAGACGGGGACAGGGUGGAUUGGGGGCCCGGCUCCAGUCUCGCAGAAGGACAGCAGUGAGGCAACUGGCUGGGAGGAGCCCUCUCCCCCGUCCAUUCGACGCAAAAUGGAGAUUGAUGAUGGUACCUCAGCUUGGGGGGACCCAAGCAGCUACAACAACAAAACUGUAAACAUGUGGGACAGGAACAACCCAGUCAUCCAGAGCAGUACCACAACCACUGCCACACCCACGACCCCCACCUCGAGCGCCACACACCGGGCCGAGACGCCACCCUCUCAUCAGGCUGGCACUCAGCUGAAUCGGUCUCCAUUGCUCGGGCCAGUUUCAUCAGGCUGGGGAGAAAUGCCUAACGUGCACUCAAAGACUGAGAACUCGUGGGGAGAGCCCUCCUCCCCUGCCAGCCUGGUUGACAACGGCACAGCAGCCUGGGGGAAGCCACCCAGCAGUGGCAGUGGAUGGGGUGAUCACCCUGCUGAGCCGGCAGUGACGUUUGGAAGAGCCAGUGCUCCUGCCACCGGCCCAGCCCUGUGCAAACCAGCUUCCAAAUCUAUGCAAGAUGGCUGGGGCAGUGGUGGGGAUGAAAUGAACCUAGGCACCAGCCAGUGGGAGGACGAGGAAGGGGACCUGUGGAAUAAUGCUGCCUCCCAAGAAAGCGCCUCCUCCUGCGGCUCCUGGGGCAGUGCCCCCAAAAAAGGACUUCAGAAGGGCAUGAAAAUGUCUGGUAAGCAGGAUGAGGCCUGGAUCAUGAGCCGGCUGAUCAAACAACUCACAGACAUGGGCUUCCCGAGAGAGCCAGCUGAAGAGGCCUUGAAGAGCAACAGUAUGAACCUUGACCAGGCCAUGAGUGCUCUGCUGGAAAAGAAGGUGGACAUGGACAAGCGUGGAUUAGGAGUGACCGACUACAAUGGAAUGGUCACCAAACCCCUUGGCUGCCGCCCACCAAUCUCCAAAGAGUCUUCCCUGGACCGCCCCGCCUUUCUUGACAAGGAUGGCGGCCUCGUGGAAGAGCCCACGACUUCACCGUUUUUGCCUUCCCCAAGCCUGAAGCUCCCCCUUUCCAACAGCGCACUCCCCAAUCAGGCCCUGGGUGGGAUUGCCUCAGGGCUGGGCAUGCAAAACUUGAACUCUUCUAGACAGAUCCCGAGUGGCAAUCUGGGUGUGUUUGGCAAUAGCGGAGCAGCACAAGCCAGGACCAUGCAGCAGCCGCCAGUGCAGCCUCUUAACUCCUCCCAGCCCAGCCUCCGCGCUCAAGUGCCUCAGUUUCUCUCCCCUCAGGUUCAAGCACAGCUUUUGCAGUUUGCAGCGAAAACCAUUGGUCUCAACCCUGCACUGUUAGCCUCGCCAACCAACCCUCAGCACGUGACCAUGUUGAACCAGCUCCAUCAGCUGCAGCUGGCUUACCAACGUUUACAAAUCCAGCAGCAAAUGUUACAGGCCCAGCGUAAUGUUUCCGGACCCAUGAGACAACAGGAGCAGCAAGUUGCGCGCACAAUCACCAAUCUGCAGCAGCAGAUCCAGCAGCACCAGCGCCAGCUGGCCCAGGCCCUGCUUGUGAAGCAGCCUCCGCCCCCCCCGCCGCACCUGUCUCUGCACCCCUCUGCAGGCAAAUCGGCCAUGGACGGCUUUCCUCCCCACCCCCAGGCUCCCGGCCUACCUGACCUGCAGACCAAAGAGCAGCAGUCUUCACCCAACACCUUUGCUCCCUACCCUCUCGCUGGACUGAACCCUAACAUGAAUGUCAGCAGCAUGGACAUGACCAGUGGCUUGUCUGUGAAGGACCCGUCUCCAUCCCAGUCUCGUCUCCCCCAGUGGACACACCCCAACUCCAUGGAUAAUUUAUCCAGCGCUGCUUCUCCUCUGGAUCAGAAUCCUGGCAAGCAUGGUGCUAUCCCUGGAGGUCUAAGUAUUGGGCCUCCUGGUAAGUCCUCCAUUGAAGACUCCUAUGGCCGGUACGAUUUAAUCCAGAACAGUGACUCACCAGCCAGUCCUCCUGUAGCUGUUCCCCAUAGCUGGUCACGUGCCAAAUCUGACAGUGAUAAAAUCUCAAAUGGCUCCAGUAUCAACUGGCCCCCAGAAUUUCACCCUGGAGUUCCAUGGAAAGGGCUUCAGAACAUCGAUCCUGAGAAUGACCCUGAUGUCACUCCUGGCAGUGUCCCCACCGGGCCUACCAUCAACACCACCAUCCAGGAUGUCAACCGCUACCUCCUCAAGAGUGGAGGGUCCUCCCCACCAUGCUCUCAGAACGCCACGCUGCCUUCCUCCAGUGCCUGGCCGCUCAGUGCCUCCGGCUGCAGCGGCUCGUUGAGCAGCAUUGCGCCCGCGCCCAGCGCUGCAGGUAAGCUGUCGGACAUUAAGUCAACCUGGUCCUCCGGCCCAGCCUCCCACACGCAAGCUUCCCUGUCUCACGAGCUGUGGAAGGUGCCCAGAAACACCACUGCACCCACCAGGCCCCCUCCGGGGUUAGCUAAUCCCAAGCCUUCCUCCACCUGGGGGGCCAGCCCCCUUGGCUGGACCAGCUCCUACUCCUCGGGUUCUGCUUGGAGUACUGACACCUCAGGAAGAACAAGCAGCUGGCUCGUCCUUCGCAACCUCACCCCCCAGAUCGACGGCUCCACACUGCGGACGCUGUGCCUGCAGCACGGGCCCCUGGUCACAUUCCACCUGAACCUCACGCAGGGCAAUGCCGUGGUCCGAUACAGCUCCAAGGAGGAGGCUGCCAAGGCCCAGAAGUCUCUGCACAUGUGUGUGCUGGGCAACACCACCAUCUUGGCUGAGUUCGCCAGCGAAGAGGAAGUGAAUCGGUUCCUGGCCCAGGGCCAGGCGCUGCCGCCCACCUCCAGCUGGCAGCCCAGCGCGGGGAGCGGCCAGCCGCGGCUGGGGGCCUCCAGCAGCGCCCACAGCCUGGUGCGCAGCGACACUGCCCACUGGAACACCCCGUGCCUGGGGGGCAAAGCGAGCAGCGAGCUGCUGUGGGGUGGGGUGCCCCAGUAUUCUAGCAGCCUGUGGGGACCGCCUAGCACCGACGACGCCAGGGUGAUUGGCAGCCCCACCCCGCUGAACACGCUGCUGCCCGGGGACCUGCUCAGCGGGGAGUCCAUCUAGGGCCUGGCGGCCUCAACAGCCAGGCGGAGAGCUGGGCCCUGCCGGCCCGCCGAGGAAGAGAGCUGGCCUGCCCCGGCCUGCGCCACGCCCCGUGGACGGCCAGGCCACCCCUUUUGAGUACCUCUGUCCAGUUCUGAAGACGCUGUGGCCGCGGCCCGGAGGACUGUCGCAACAGUGCUGGCCGCGCGCGCACCCCAGGACGCUCCUCAUAGCUUUUGAUUUCGUGUCGUCUCACGUUCGUACAGUGUGUUGUCAUUUUGAGUUUUAAGUAUAAAAGCUGCUUAGAAUAGUUCUAUCAUGAAGGGCACUUUUCAGAUUGUGGGCUGGAAAGGGUUAUUUUAU